AAAUCCGAUCCAUUUGAGCCCCUACCGACACCGCGAGUCUUCGGUAUUAGGGUUGGGCUCUUCGUCGACAUCUGGUGUUGGCUGAAGAAGUGGCGGAGGAGACCAGCAGCGAUGGGCGUCGAGAAGCAAGUGCUGCGACCAGGAAACGGCCCCAAACCGACCGCUGGUCAAAGUGUUACAGUCCAUUGCACUGGAUACGGCAAAAAUGGUGACCUGUCUCAGAAGUUCUGGAGCACUAAAGAUCCAGGCCAGAGACCUUUCACUUUUAAGCUUGGGCAAGGUUCAGUUAUAAAAGGUUGGGAUGAAGGUGUAAUGGGUAUGCAAGUGGGAGAAGUUGCUCGUCUUCAGUGCUCUCCAGAUUAUGCGUAUGGAGCAAGUGGAUUUCCUGCAUGGGGUAUACAACCAAACUCAGUCUUGAUUUUUGAGAUUGAAGUUCUAAGCGUGAGCUGACAGUUGAGUUCGUGUAAGUUUGUAAACCGAUUAAGUUCUCUGUUACGAUGGAUCUCAUGUUCUUAAAUUUAUAUGCUUUGAAAGUUUUUGAACAUUAGCAGUCCUAGGAAACUGUUUUUUUCCUUUUAAAAAGGAGCUCUCCCCUUGUUAUGCA